AUGGCUGUCGUCGCUGUAGAAAAGGAGAAUCCAUCGACCCUGCUGCGCUUCGUACGCCUGGCGGCCGCAAGCGACGAGCAGCAUCGCCAGCAGCGGCAGCGCAGCGUCGACGGCGGCGGCAGUGGUGACGACGCCGUCGACGACUGCGCGCUGGACGCGCUGCGCGCGUUUGCAAGCUUUGCACCUGAGCAGGGCACGGGCUGCGGCGGCGGCGCAGCGUGGGCACGGGCGCAGGAUCCUUGCACUCCUGAGGACGCAGUCGGCCUCUUGAAGGCAUACGCAUCCCUGGCCACCCUCAACGCAGCCGCGGGCUCCGGCAGCAAAGGCGACGCCCCCGCCCCUCCGCGCCCGGCCGCACCCGAGCCCGCUUCCGCAGCGGAGGCUCUGGCGCUGCUCGCUAAGCUGGCGCCGGUGCAGCCGCCGCCGCAGCCGCGGGGGUCGCCACGGCGCGCCCUGAAGGAGCUGCGGCAGGGGCCGGCGGCGACAGCGGCGGCGGCGGCGCUCGUAGCGCCGCUGCCGCGCGGCGGCGACGCGGCGGCGGAUGACGCCGCAUUUGUAUUUCAGCGCAUGGCUGGCUUCGAGCCGCAGGUGCGAUGGCAGGCGUAG